CCUCCGGGUGUGGAUGGGGGCAGCCCGGUGUCGGUCUAUAGUGUGGAGGUGUGUGGCGCUGGUACUCAGGGGUCAGCAGGUCAGGAGGAGGUCAGGGAGGUGUACCAAGGUUCGGAGGUCGACUACACCGUGUGUAAUCUGCUGCCGGGACGGACAUACAGCUUCCGCCUGCGGGCUGCCAACAAGGCUGGGGUGAGACACCAAACUGGCUUUAUCCCCUAGCUGCUAAGAAAUCAACUUACUUCAUCCGUUUAUGAAUGAUACAGGAGAGGCUUUUUUUUGUUGUUCAGUGUAUGGAUUUGACUAAAUAGUUUGCAGGAGGGAACAAAAAGUGGAUUUUGUCUUUCACUGAAUCUCUUCCCCGUAUGCCCCCUCUAUUCCUGUAUGUCAUUUUGUGUCAUUUAAGAAAGUGUGUUUGAGUGUCACUGACUAAUGAGUGUGUAUUUUGGUGUGUGUGUUGUGUGUGUUAGUACGGACCCCUGUCAGAGCAUUGUGAGGUGACCAUGGGCCCUGGGGCUCCAGAACCCUGUAAAGCCCCUCACAUUACCUGCAAGUCCCCUACUGUGGCUGUGGUCAGCUGGGAGGUAAGAACACGACACAACAACUGUGACUUCUGUUCUACACGGUUGGUACUACAGCAGAAAUGAUCCCAGGGGAAAAUAUAAAGUACAUCAAUCAUCCUGUCAAUCAAAACAGGAGUAUAUAUAUCGAUACGGGAGUUUAUCUGUAUUGAAACAAUCAAUCAAUCAAUCCAUUAUGUACCAGUCUCACCACUGCUCCCCCCUGUUCCCUCCCCAGGCUCCGGCCAGUAACGGGGCGGCGGUCUCAGAGUACCGUGUGGAGUGGGGAGCGGCGGAGGGCACCAUGCAGGUCUGUUACAGCGGUGCCAGCCUCACCCACGAGGUCAAGGGACUGCUGCCCGCCACCAACUACUUCUGCCGUGUU